AUGACUUUUUCAUGCAAACACGACUUUACCGGAACCACUCUAAUACAAGACCAUAUCACGGUUCCUGUAAGAGGUAUCAAAAAGUAA